AUGGCCGACACCAAAGAACUCGCCCAAACCUACACCGCCGUCAACAACACACAAUAUGACGCCGGCCUCUUCCUCCUGAAGCAGCUCGGGCUCGAGCCCGGCAUGCGCGUCCUGGACGUCGGAUGCGGGCCGGGCAACAUCACAUCGUACCUGGCCGACGUGGUGGGCGCCAGCGGCGAGGUGGUCGGGGUGGACCCCAGCGAGGAGCGCAUCGACCUGGCGCGGGCCAAGAUCACGAGCCCGGGCGAGAGCAGCGGGACGGGCGCGAGGCUGUCCUUCUUCGUGGGCACGGCCGAGGACCUCUCGCGGUUCGCGACGGGCAGCUUCGACGCCGUGUACUGCAACUCGACGCUGCACUGGGUGCGGGACCAGCCGCUGGCGUUGCGCGAGUUUGCGCGCGUGCUCAAGCCGGGCGGCCGGCUCGGCGUCUCGGGCCAGUCGGGCGACUUUGUGGCCGCGCACGAGGCCAUCGCCAAGACGGUGCUGGGCCGCGAGCCCUACUCCGCCUACGACCACAGCGUCGGGGCGCCGCGGUUUCUGAAGCGGGCCGAGAUGGAGUCGCUCCUGGACGCGGCGGGGUUCGGCUCCCGCAGCUUCGCCAUCAACCCCAUCUUCAAGUCGACCAAGAACGGCGACGAGAUGAUCUCGUGGCUGGAGAGCAGCUCCUCGGGCAAGACGUACGGAGGCAUCCCCGUGGAGAUGCGGCCGCAGGCGCGCAAGGAAAUGUUGGUGGAGUGGGAUAAGCUCACCACUGCAGAGGGGCUCACGAUGCAGCUCGACUUGUUGGUUACUGUGGCGUUCAAGCCAUAGGUCUCAUUAAAGACGCGGUGCUUCGAUUAGACUAGAAUAUGCACCCCAGCUAGCUGCCGAGUAUAAUUAAG